AUGUGGAAGAAACAAACUGAGGCGUUGGAGGAAACUGGACAUCUGGUUGAAAUGUUAAAAGGAAAUGAAGAUGAGGAACAAGAUCCCAGGACUUCAGCGGAGGUCUGUGAAAUAGGAGUUAAUAUAGGAGGAUCACUGGAAAUCUCUAUCAUCAAGGACAUGGAGACUACAGGGCUAAACUGUGGUGGAUCUGUGGCACUGGACACUGGACAAACAGAUGCACUGUUAGCGGAUGAUUUAUUCCAGGGCACUGCUGCUGACAGCGCAGUCAACAUUGGCAUCAUUGCUGUGCUGUCAGCAGCAUUGGCCCUGGAAUACCUGGAUCCAGGCAGCAUCCCGGCUCAUCAGCAGGACUUCGAAGGGCAGAUCAGUCAAUGGGGUCGGGAAUCCUCCCUCCCACUCAGCGUCAUCCAACCAGGGAGAGGUUGGGCAGAGGCAGAGCUGGGUUACGUGGAGCUGCCCCAGGCGGCCCGCGUGCCGCAGUCCGGCCCUCGUCUCCGCCUGCAGCUGGUGCACCGCGCGCUCCACCAGCUGGCGUGCGAGCGGCCCCGCGCCCCCCUCCUCAACCUCAGCCGCCAGCAGGAGGAGGAGGAGGAGGAGGCCCGACACAGGAGGGAGCUCCGAGAGUGCAGAGGAGAGAGACAACGGAUUAUAGAGGUAGAAAAAGCCCGGAGAACACCAAUACCAGCCUUUUUGAAAUUUGCUGCUCACAGAUCAGUGGAUGAAUCUAUUUUCCCCAACAGUGACAUUCUGGACGCUCUCCAUGGAAUCCGGAGCUCCCCGAGACCGGCUCUUUCUGAGUGCAGGAACAGAUCCCCUAGUUGGGCUAUCUCAUCAGAAGAUAGCCAGAAAACAUCCCCCCAGAAGAAAAGAAAGGACACUGGCUUGAAGGUGCAUUUUCGUAAGAGCACCAGCCUUGGUGAUUUAAGGCAAUCCCCCGCCACCGCACGGAAGCUGGACAAACUGGUCAAUGAGAUCCGAAGGGAAACCAAUGUCAUCAUCCCCGAACGGGAUCGGAAGAUUGCAGCUUUGAUGCUGGUAAAACAUCAGGAGGAACAGAAGAGGCUUGAGCAGCGUAUUCAAGCUCAACAAUUCUGGGAUAGUCUGAAGAGGAAGGAAAAACUGGAACAAAUGAGGAAGGAGGCUGAGAGGCAAAGAGAGUUAAUUGAGAGCAUUGGCAGGUGGAAAAGGGAACAUGAGAACAGGAGGUGCAAGAUUCACCAGAAGAUCAAACAAAUGGCUGAGCUGAAGGCAAAAGACGUGAUAUUGAAAGAAAAUAAAUGGAGAAGGCUGGCGGAGGAACAGGAUCUAAAGAGAAAGGAGAAAGUAGAAGAAGCAAAAUACCAAGCUGAAAUCCGUAAGUGCCACCAAAACCAACUGUUACAACAAACUGAAGAUGUGAAACGCACCAUCAAGCAGCUGGAAGUGCAGAUCUCCCAGGAUAAGCUGUCCAAUGCGGCUCAGAAACGGCUGUUUAAAGAAAUGAGGGAGCAGAACCGCAUCAAGCUGGAGAAUGAACAGGAGAAGCUGAAGCAUACGAUCCUGAAGAGGGAAGUGGACAAUCUGGCCAAGACAGAGGAACUGAUGGCCAGGAUGUCGCUGGAGCGGAAGCUCCUGAAAUUCAAAGAAAACCAAGAGCAACUGGUGGAGGAGAGGAGCCGGGAAUUGAAAGAAAAAGCUGCCAGAGAAGAGCAGCAGAUUCUUCAGGCCAGAAUCAGGGCCGAGAAACUGGAACAGGAGGAGAAGGAGCGUAAGGAAGCCCUGGCCAAACUCUCCGAAUACAAAGUCCAGCAAGCCAAGAAAGCCUUGUUAAUCCACAUCCGCCAAAAAGCUCUCCGGACCCAGAAGAUCAGAUCGGAGAAAGAGAAGGCCCACCAUCUGAUAAAGAAACGGGUGGAGGAGGAAAAGGAAUGGCAGCGACGGGAAAUGGAAGAGACCAUUAAGAGAAAGGACAAGAGAAGCGAGGAGAUUUUGAAAGUGAAGGAAGAGACCAUAGAGGAGUCUCGCCGAGUGGCCAGGGCAGCCUUCCAAAUGAGGGAGCGCGUGAGGAAGCAGAUUAACAGACGGUCCUUUGACCAAAUGGCCAUGGAACCUCAGAUGUGGGCAGGUCUGGCGAAUAAGAUAGCUCAUUAGUGCCUGAGCUAAACCUCCCACAUUGAUCACCUGAAAUCAAACUGGUGAGAAGCCUUUGACCAGUGAUCUCCAUUUUGAACAUUGGUGGGCUAUUGGAUGGGUAAAGGUUCUCAAAAAAGAAAGUUGAAUUGUCAGGAAUCCAUUGAGAAAUAUUUUCACGAGAGAUCUGAUUCUGUGCGAUAGACGUAAGAUCAUUAGAGUCGGUUAUUUCAAAGUAAAAUAUUCCCAAAAUGUGUUUUGAUGCCAAACUCUUCUACCAGUGUUGUGAAGCUGUAAAAAGACAAUGCUUGUGCUCCUAUCACUUCAGCAAUAGGCUUGUAUGUUGUUUGAUGUGUGUGUGUGUGUGUGUGUGUAUUAUGAUGUUUGACAAGCAAGUGAAAAAUUGUCUUUUAUUGUGCUCUUCCUCAAAUUGUGAAUCAUUUACACAAGUUUGUUGCUGUGUCCUGAAUGCAUCUGAAUGAGUUUUAACUUUCCACAGCUGGAUGUCAACAAGACCGAAGCUUUCUUGCUUGGCUCCUUUCAGUGCUUUCUCAUCUGAGGCACUGACAUCAUCAAAUUGCAAGGUUGCUUAUCCCACCUUGUGGAGCUGAUGUGGGCCUUUGGUGUCUUGUUGUUCAAACCAUCCAUUGGGCUUUCACUUGGCUUUUCUUCAAAAUUGCACGCCUUUGCCAUUACUUUUUGGCGGUUGCUGCUGAGACCCUCAUCCACUCCGUUUUCACAUCCAAGCUUGAUUAUUCCAAUGCCCUCCGCGCCGGACUCCCCAGCAUCUACCUAUACAAGCUUCAGACCUUCCAAAACUCCGCAGUCCAUGUCCUUUCCUGUACUUGGCUCUGCAAGCCUAUAUCCUCAUUCAUCCACCAGCAGAUUGAAUUCAGGAUUCCCCCCUGAUUGGGCUUCCAGUCAGCGGUGUGAACUGAUUUGAGA